GCGUUCCUGUGGUGCCUGUUCUUCUGCAUCGGGCCUAUCAUGUCGGGGUACGAUCUCGUUGUAGCAGUGAGUCUCAUCGGCGUACCCGCGUUCCGGCGCGACUUUGGCUACCCCGUGGGGCCGGACUACGUCGUCAGCGCACCGUGGCAGAACGGGUGGUCCGCUGCGUCCUCUAUCGGAAGCAUGUUUGGUGGAGUGCUGGCUGGCUACAUUUCAGAUCGUGCAGGACGCAAAGUAGCUGCAAUGACCGCUUGCCUUGUCUCUAUUCUGGCGGCGCUCAUCAUGUUCCUGUGCCCGCCGCACAACAUGGGGCUGUUUUUGUUCGGACGGCUCGUCAGUGGUGGCAGCAUCAUCAUGCUCCUGGUAGUUUGCAACUCGUACUGCGCUGAGGUAUCUCCGCUUGCACUGCGGGGUAUCACGACGUCGUCGAUCAACAUGUGGUUAAACGUGGGUGAACUCAUUGGUAGGGGCGUCAUGAGCAUCUACGGUACACGACUGGACGUGUACUCUUACCGCAUCCCUUUCGCCAUCCAGUGGAUCUAUCCCGUCCUCAUGUUGCUUAUACUCCCCUUCGCACCUGAGUCACCCUGGUACCUCGUGCGCAAGGACAAAGCCGAAGUCGCAGAGGACACGGUGCACCGAUUGGGUAGCACGAGCGUCGACGCCAAGAUCCAAGUGCAACAGAUCAAGGAGACGAUCGCGCUCGAGGAGGCGCACAGCAAGAGCUCGACGUAUGCGGAGCUGUUCAGGCGCGACAAUUUCCGGCGGACAAUGAUCACAAGCGUCAUCUUCGUCCUCCCGCAGAUCGUCGGCGUGCCACUUGUACUCUCGUACGGCACGUACUUCUUCGAGCUCGCCGGGUUCGUGGCAACGAAGGCAUUCGACCUUAGCAUCGGCAUCACUGCUCUUGGCAUCUUCGGCAACUUCGUCACGUUCUACACAGUGAACCACCUCGGCCGACGGACGCUCUUCAACUGGGGCACCUACGGCUGCGCAGUCAUAUGUCUCCUCAUUGGCUUCCUGACGAUCCCCAAGACGCAAAGCGCACGUUGGGCCGUCGCUGUCUUUACUGUACUCUGGAACUUCGUGUACCAGUGCGGCGUUGGCCCAAUCGGAUACGUCAUCCUCGCCGAAGUCCCCUCCGCGAAGCUCCGCACAAAGACAAUCGGCAUGGCCAACGUCUCCCAGGCCCUCGCCGGUCUGCUCUCGGGCAUCAUCACGCCCUACCUGAUCAAUCCAGACGAGGGCAACCUCGGCGGAUAUGCUGGCUUCUUCUACGGCGGGCUCACUGUCUUCGCGUCCGUCUGGGUUUGGUGGUUUAUUGUGGAGACAAAAGGGAGGACGACCGACGAGGUCGACAUUCUCUUCGAGCGCAGCGUGCCCGCGUGGCGCUCGGCGUCGUACAACUGCUACGAGGGGCACGAGGAGAGCGGUGCUCAACCUGCCGCUUCCCAAGAGGAGCGGGAGAAGCAUUAGCAUCACUGUUCACAGGCCAGACAUCAGACAUAACGAAAAAGGAAAGGCCAAGACAAGAAAAUCCAUUGGUUUGUGGUAUACAGUAACUAUCUCGACAUACAUGCUCUUCAUACUGGUAUCAUUUGUAUUGAACCGGAUUGCAUGCCGUUCAUUGAC